AUGACUAUGUUAAAAAUCUUAUCAAAUAAAAAAUGAAUUUAUAAAGAAAUGGAUAGACCUUGGAAUUGACGUAAUUAUAGGCCCAUACCCAGUCCCAGCGAUACUUCAUGGCUCUUUCCAAGAAUUAUACUCACUCCCCCCCCCCCCCCCCUCCGUGAGCGAACAAAACCCAUUAGAAAAAUCGCCAUUUUUUGACCAAAAACCCACCCUCCGUGAGUGAACAAAAAAUUUUUUUAAUAGAAAAAAUUUUAAUGGAAAAAAAAUUUUGAUAUAUAAGUGAUAAUUAGUAUAAUGAAAUCUAGAGCUAAUUCUGUUUAAUUUUAAACAAAUUGCUUUUUAAAAACAUAAAUUUUGCAAAUUAAAUUAAUAUUUGCUUCCCAAUUUUUGCAAAUUAGGAUUUUUUUUAAAUUUCGAAAAAAAAUUUUUUAUAAAAUUUAUAUAUAAAUUUUUUUUAAAAAAAAAAAAAUUAACCCCCCUCCGUGAGCGAACAAAAUUUUUUUGUUCGCUCACGGAGGGGGGGGGGGAGUCAGGCUUUAUAUACUCUGCAUUUUUCAAUCUAUUAGAUGUCCAGCAGGAAAUGUCCCUGUAGGGGUAGUCAAUGAAAAUGAAGAAUUUUACCCAGAAACUGAAGAACACUGGACCAAAGUUAUGAAUAAGAACAUGCAGGACAGCAAAGGACUGCCUCUUUGUGUCCAAGUUAUGGCACCGCCUUAUCGAGAAGAAUUAUGCUUAAAUGUGAUGAAGCAGCUUGAAGAAAAAAUUCCAUUUUGGAAGACAUAUCAGGAUUGUCUAGAAUUAGUUAAAGAAUAA